AAGUUUAAUUUCUAACUUACGUAUAAAUGUACUUUUUUUUUUUUUCAAGAAUGUUUUGUGAAAAGUUUCUUAGACUGAUUAGGCAACUGUGUGUAAUGUUGGGGUAACUGAUCAGAAAUUUUCAAAUAGUUUUUGGCAUAUGAAAGCAAUUUUUUUUUUUGCUGAGAUUCGGCGAACUUUUGAUUAUUAAUCGAACGUGGUGUUAUAUAUUCUUAUGUAAAAUAUGCAAUGUUUGUAACUGCUAAAACCAUAGGUUUUGGUUAAGUUACAUUUUAGUUUACCAGAUGACGCCAUCUUCAGACGAAAUGAAUUCGUCAAGCAGCCGAGACCAGCUGAUGGAUGUGCCUGUGGACCACAAGAGGUCCCGGUAUCCAUUUUGUAUUGUGUGGACUCCCAUUCCACUGCUGACGUGGUUGCUGCCGUUUGUGGGCCACAUGGGGAUUGCCAUGUCCACGGGCAUCAUAAGAGACUUUGCCGGUCCGUACGUCGUCACGGAAGACAACAUGGCGUUCGGUAGACCGACAAAGUACUGGCGCCUGAAGCCCCAGCUGGCGAGGGGCGGCUCCACUGGCUGGGACAACGCCGUUUUCGAAGCUUCUGAAGUUUACAAAACUAGAAUGCAUAAUCUGUGUUGUGACAACUGCCAUUCACACGUAGCACUGGCAUUAAAUUUGAUGAAAUACAAUGGCAAGGCGAAUUGGAACAUGGUUAAAUUGGCAUUCCUGAUGUUGGUUCAUGGGAGGUAUGUCAGUGUUGCAGCUUGGCUGAGAACAUGGCUGCCCUUCUUCUUCGUCAUUCUUGUGUGUUUCUUGGCUGCAUAUUUCCUAAACUAAUGGAAAACUGCAGAAAAUGUUGCCCUACCAAGAUUUUAUUUAUAAAAGAAGUUAUAUUUUCUAUUUUUUUAAAUGCGGAUUAUGUGGCUUGUAUGUGAUGACUUACAGUGGAUCAGUUUGUAUUUUGAUUUUUCAGUUCCAUGGGUCCUUAAUGAAAGAAUCAUUGUUGAUUCAGUUCAAAAAAUUAUUUGCUUCUUUUCCCACUGUGAUAUACUUGAGGCUUGGUAUCUCAUGCUAUUGUUACAUGUAGGAAAACAAGUUUGAAAAGGAUAGCACAGUUAAUUAAAUACAGUUUUACUUAUCAUCUAUUAUUAACACUGUUAUGUUUUAAUGAUUAAAUUGUCAAUUCAAAAAUUUAUCACUCUUUCAUAAGGUCCACAAUUUACUCUUCCCACUGGAGCUUGUCUCAAAAGUGGCACUCACGACUGAUUGUCUCUUACCACUCACCUUUGUCUCAACACACUGCCUUGCACACAACACAGUCCCAGAUGCUUUGGUCUUCGAUGCACCAGUCUUUGCACACAAAGCCCGUUGCUCGUUUUCCACCUUCACUUCACCAAGGGGUCACUCGCCCUCUUCAUUUCACUUCACUUCACUGCCUCAGAGGCUGGCAUCACCAUUUUUAUACCCUUCAGCCCCUUCUGGAAUGAUCUCGCACCUCUUUGAAGUGUCGCAUCACCUGAAGCUCCCAGAAAAGUGGCAUCCUAGUUAUGCCACUUCACACAGGUGGGUCUCUGGGAACGUGCCGAACCCUCCAGAGCCUCAGAGAAAGGACUGAGGAUUGAUGAGGGAAGGAGGGUAGUGAAGUGCCAUUGCUAAUCUGAUGAGGUGUGUAGCAGUAAUGGACCACGCCCCACCUGCAGGCCAGCACACGUGCCGGCUGUCGAGCCUCUUGCCAAAGUCUUGUAACACUACGUGGAAUUAGUGUCAUUACUUUUAUGUGAGGGCUUCACUGUAGCAUUCUUCAAAGAAUAAUGUGCACGCAUAUGGAAACAUGAUUACCUGGUUUUAUAGUUUUCAUGUCUUGGGUAUAGUAAUGGUAUAAUCUCUCGCUAUAAUAACCAAGUCUUUUAUGGAAAUAUUGAGGAAUAGGUUGUAGCAAUGCAAAGAUUAGUUAACCAACAUCAAUGUAUUAUUUAUUUCAAAAUAAAACCUUUAACCACAAUCUUAUUUCAAUAAUCUAGUAGCACAUUUCUUUGCCACUAAAAUUUGAACACUGUCUAAUCCAACACAGUAACAAGUACGUAAUAUGAACAGAAAUAUUAAUAUUUUAAAAGACUUAACCAAAUAAUUUAUAUGGUAUUAGCUAAUGCCCGGCAUAUGUUGCAAUGCCUCUUUCAUUCUAUAUAUUCAGUCAGUUCGUACAGAAGGAAUUAAACUAACCCAAUCUUUUCUUAAAUUGUUUUGAAAUAAAAAAACAAAAUUUUAGUAAAAUAAUGAAUUUAAUGAAAUGAUAAAAUAAUUGGGAAUUCAUUGUUUUGAUAAUCAAUUGUUUGUGAUAAACAAUAUUUUUUUUGUCUGGAGAGAAAACGAAUAGUGCCAAUGGUUUACAGACUCUUGAGCAUACUACGUACAACUUCCCAUAAGAAAAACACUGCAUUUCCAGGUUUAUUCCACACACUUCCAACGAUUUGCCUUGUGAUCUAUUAAUUGUCAUUGCGAAUGCAAGGUGAACUGGAAACUGGUCAUGCUUAAAUUGAAACAGCAAGUCGGUUGGAAUCAGUGGUAUUCUUAGAAUUAGAAAUUCCUCACCUUUGAAAUUUCCUAUAAGGAUCAUUGCUUCAUCAGCUUAAAAACUGAUAGCAUUGCAUAGUUUCGGUUGGUUCAGUUUGCGUAACAUGAUUAUAACCAUUGCAUAGUUUCGGUUGGUUCAGUUUGCGUAACAUGAUUAUAACCAAACCGACCUUGAGCUGCAAAUUGUGCAGGGGCAUUCCUGCCAAAUGGAAUGAAUUCAGUUGGAUAAUUGAUGACUUCAUCUGGGUCGGUAAUGGAAUUGAUUGACUUAAAUGAAUGCAACUGGCCAGCGGUUUGACUUUAAAUUUUUAAGUUCAAAUCAUCUACGUCAUUUUUUGGUCCCAAAAUGGCUCGUUCGUUCACUUAACCAAAUAUGGUUUUUGUAAUUUGUAUCAAUAUUUGGAAAAACUUUCAUAAUCGAUUCUUCUUUUGACAUUGUGUAUUGACAAAAAUUAUUUGGAAAUAAAAUGAAGCCAGUGGAAGCGUCAAUCAGAAUUUUUCAAUUGCCAAUGUCUAAUAACUUUUGGUAAAAACUCCUGCAGAUUCUUCAUUUUUUAAAGCGACUUUCAGAUUCUUUGUUAACUUGAGAGUUUUCACGUGUAUCCACAAAUUUGAUUACUUCAAGCAAGCGUUUAUUUCAUCAGCAGCAGUUGAUCUUGGAAUGGCUGGCAGUGUUUGGCAAAAAUCACCGGCCAGAAGAAUCACCAUACCUCCAAAUAGGUCCUUAUUACUACGCAAAUCUUUCGAGUGCCUCCAAUGUUCAUUUGUGCACCUUAGUACAUUCAUCCCAAAUGAUUAUUUUACAAUUAUGUAGUACUUUCACCAUUGCUGAAUUUUUUGCAAUGUUGCACGUCAGUUGCAGUUUGAGCAUAGAAUGAGCUGUUCGUCCUCCUUCUAACAAUGUGGCAGUGAUCCCAGGUGAUGAUACGGCCGGCGCUUUUUGACUUUGUGCACAAAUUGAAGCUAAAAUCAAUGAAAUUAGGAAUGUUUUGCCAGUUCCGCAGGUGCAUCAAGGAAGAAGAUUCCUCUGUAGCCGUCGUUGACUGCUAUCAUCAUUGUGUUGUACGCGGUUUUCUAUUGCUAAUUCAAAAGUGGGAGCUUUGUUCGCACUGAUUGAUUCAAAGCAUCUCUAUCAUAUUGCUUUUCUCGUUCAAAUUCUCAAUGAAUGCAUCAUGCAUGGGGCGAUUCAGUUUUGGUAUUUCUAAUUUGUUCAACAUUUUGCCCAUCAUCAGGCACAAAUCCUCAAUAUAAAUCAACACCUUGUUGUGUAUUUCAGGGUUAAAUUCAAGGUCGGGAUUUGCUAUUGUUGUUUGCACUCGAUGCAAAAUGUUUUCUGCCAUAUUAUCUUUGUAUUUGUUCCACAAAUGAAGUGGGUUUGAUGGAAAACACGUAGAAAUGAAGAUGGCAAAAAGUAAUUGAAUUUGAUGCGCAGUAGACGAAAUAACUGCAUCAUUGAGUGCGUGAUCCCAAUGAAUGUCAUCCUCAAGUAAAUGUAAACACUAACAGGCUUCUCGAUAUGUUGCACACGACUCAUCAUUAACAGUUCUUAAAAAUUCAAAUGAAGUCGGUCCAUGACUAUAUAAUAAACACAGGUAAAAACAUUCACCUUUGCUUGAAUGAACUGUGUGAAUGCACCCCAAUGCUAUUUGAAUAUACAUUCAUGUAUCCAGAAACAGGUUUUUUUGUGUUUCCGACAUUGGAAUUUUUUUGAUGAUGCAUUCAAUGUGAAAUAUCUCAGCAUCUCCGAGUAAAGCAGUGUUCUUGCAAAUGGAUCACUUGCGCAUGUUGCAAAGAAGCUUGUUAGCGUUGUCGCUGGUGUUUGUUCAACUCUCUGUGCUGCGUUUUCUGCUGCGUUUAUUGUCCAAGUGCACAGCUAAAUGGACCACAAUGGGAUGACAUUAGUGUAUCGAAAAUGAAAAUAUUCUCCAAAUCGCCUCAGUGCUGUUAACAUACCUUCCCAUCUGAUAUAGUGAAACUUCAUUGUUGGCAUCAGGAGUUACAAUACCAAAUACAGCCAUGUCGCUUCCUUUCGUGACGUAUUUGAUGGACUUUACAGAAUUCCAGUACUCAACAUUGCAUUGAGCUUAAAUGUUUUGGAAAGCAUUGGCAAAUAAGGAAGAAUUCUGCUGUUGUCGACUUCAAUGACCUUAUGUUUGACUUUCAACUUUAUCGUUCUGUCGUUCUGCCAUUAUCCUCUGCAGAGCGACGACGAUACAGGGGGUAACCAUCAUUGCCUGUGAUUGUGUCAGCCAACAAAGCACGCUGAUAAUGUUUGGAGCAUUUUUUUCUGAUCAUGCAUGGUGAUUCCUGGUUGUGAUCGCCACACGGUCCGUAAAUCAUAUUCAUCAUUACUAUUUCAUACAAUUCUGGAUCUGUAUCAGGAUCAGGAAUUUCUGCACAAAUUAUGGCAUCAAUUUCCUCUGGUCUUAUUUUCUCUACCAUCCACAGGAGAAUAAAUAAGCUCAUGAGGCAAUCCUCUUUUCUGCCACUCCACAGAAUACAUCCAACAUUGCACGUCUCCGAAGACAUGAUACUUCACAUUUAAGUCUAUGAGCGACUUGAGUUUGUUUGAAUACUCGUGCUUUAAUGGCAUGACGAUUGCUUGAUGAUUGACUGGGUAGUAACAGCUGCGUGAUUUCAAUCCAUUUUGGGUUGCAAGUGAAAGUUAUGUCUGUUCGACCAUAUUGGCACGUACAUAGAUCAUUGCAUCUUGCACGUAUUUGUGCAUGUGCCACAGGCUUCCAACUUAAAUCACUGAUGAAAUGGUAAGUCUGCUGACAUUGUUUGCAUUUCCAUCUAUAUUCAUGGCAUCAAGCAGAUGAAUGUAUUCUUCCGAACGCAAUUUUUCCUGAUUUAAACAUUUGUAUGUCAGUCUUUCUGUUUCAAUUUUGACAUACAUAUCAACGGCGAACUGUUGAAACAAUCUGCGACAUUUCAAUAUUGGACAGUGCAGUGGAAACUCCUUGUGUUCUGUAUUGACUUGACUCCAUGUGAAAUCCUCAGAACAAAAUAAAUACCUAAGUAAAUAAUUAAAUUAACAUGACAUGUUUUCUGAAGAAAACAGGGUUCUGAUUAAGUACACAUUGUGUAAUGUACCAAUUAGUUAAGGUAUUUAAUAUUUUGUAUAAGCUCUUUACUGAAAUUCAUCCUUAUGUAAUAGGAUUUAUUUGUUCUAUCCUAGAAAUAUUUUCAGCACUUAUACUGUAUUAAGUAAUUUAAGAGUCCUGGGAAGAUGGGCCUAUGGGACUUUUGUUCUAAGAAUGAUUUGACUGAAUCAAUAAAGGAUAUUCUAUCUGUACAAAAAAAAUUAUUUCAAUAUUUUGCACAAGAGAGGAGGACUUGCAUUUUUAUAUCACAAUGUGUAUUAUUGUAUCUUAAUGGUAUAAUAUCUUCCCCAGACCUCAAUUUUGAUUGUGAUUAAGUUUUGAAGCUAUGCAAUUAAGAAUUGUUUGGUUUUUAUUGUAACUUAAAUACAAUUACUGAAAAUAAACAAUUGCAUUUUCAUUGUUGGAUAACAAGUACAAAUUCUGUGACACAAGGUGGUAAUCAGUUUGUUAGUUUCUACUGCCCAUGUAUGUUAAUGCUAAUUUCAAAGUUCAUUAGGAAACAAUAGAGUGUUUCUUCAAAAAUUCUUAAAGUUAUAUUUUUGUUGCAAUAUUGUAAAAUUAAUUCAAAUGUUCUAACCCCCACAUUUUGUAAAUAAGUAACUCUCAUAUACUCAUUAAAUAAAAAUCACAAAACCUUGUGUGUGAUAGUUUAAGUCAGAGGUAAAAACUCAAAGUUGAUAUAUACAUAUUUUGAAUAUUGCAAUAUUCAGUAUUGUUCAAUAUCUAUUGUUACUUAAUCUUAAGGAAUUUAUCCUUAAGUAACUUUGUGCUUUGGCAGAUAUGUAGAAAUUUUACAGCUAUGUAAAUGAAAUCACAACUUGUUAUUACCUAUUUGUGUUGUAUGUUAAGUGCUGUAAUAUAGUUCUUCAAAAAGUUAUAUAACAUUUUGAGUGGCAAAAAUUGAGUUUGUCUUAUUUAUUAUUUAUUAAAAAAAUUUAUUGUUAUUGUUAGGGUUUUAGCUUUUUGAUUCAAUGCUUGUUUUUUGCUAAUACUAUUUGGUUUGCUAUUGUAAUUUUAUAUGUUAUAUGUACGUAUUAUGAGUAUAAAAUCAUCACUAUGACUAGGUACACAUUUGCAAUUAUUAUUCUACACCUUAAGACCCAUAAAUGGACUGCUGUCACACAUUUAUUUUUCUGCAGUCCACAUGGCAACUAUACCUAUAAACUUACAGAGCAGCCACUAUAAUAUGGUGCUCAUUAGCCAUAUCCAAUAAUUAGAACCAAGAUUCUAAGGUGUUAAUAAAAAGAAAAUUUUUUCAUUAUAAAUUAGAAUACAUCUAUUUUUGACAUCUGGAAUGUUUAUUAUUCUUACAAUCCCAUUAAGUACAACUUAGUUAUCGUUCUUUUAAUUAACUUUUGUUUACUCAAACUAAAAUACACCUAUCCCUCACUUUGCACCCCUUCAGAUUGUGUGGAUUCAUUUAGCGCGAAGUGAAUUUUACUGCCCGAGUCUUGAAUAGCAUGUCUGUAAAUUUCAGUUAGCUCGAAAUCUCGGCAAGCAAAAAAAAAAGUUGAACACAACCCCUCAAAGUCUGUUUCAACUUCUGUAAACAACAGAUGUGCUGUGGGAUACAGUUAGCCAAACAAGGGGGGGGGGAAGAGAUGCACGCGCAGGUCUGUCUACGCUAUCGGCUGUUGUACAAACAUCAGCUAUGGCAAGUUAAAUUUCGGCUAUGCAGUGUAAAGGACCAAAUGUUUUUACGUCCGUGCGUAUGCCGCCAUGCUGUACCGUGUUGCCUGGCCACAGACCGGGCCGUGAACUCAGUCUAUCCAGUGGCAGGGAAUUCACUCAAACAAAAGCAAUGUCUGCCAAUUCAGCUGCCGGUAACUGUACGUGCUUGAUCACUCAUAAUGUAUCGUGUUCAAGUAUUUGAGACCAAACUAAAAGUAUUACGGUGCGCAGAUUGUCAUGAAGGCCACGCUUAUGUUGGUCGCACUUUAGUUUUAAGCAAGUCAACUGUGCGCACAAUCAUACAAAAUAAGGACUCUUACCAAAAGUUUAUACAAGUCUGAUGCUGUUGGUUGUACUAGCGGAAAUAUAUAUUUGACAUUAGAUACCGAAACAGAAAUGAACAGAUGAUUCACGUGGAAAAGGUUGUUCAAUGAAUAUUGCAAUGAAAAAAAUAAUCAUUGGCCUGACAGGAUUGGUGUGAAUUAGGUGGUGAUAUGCGAAUAAGCACUUUAAUUUUUGAAAAAUUAAAAUGUAAUUAUCCGGACAGUAAUAUCGGUUAACUGUCAGUAAAGGAUGGUUUGGAAAGGUACGCGACGUGAGUUGAAGGUCAUGCCCGGGCGGGAAAGUCAGCCAGCCGACUGACGAUAAAGUACAUAACUGUGUAUCUCCCGUUACACGAUGUCGUAUUUGUGAUGGGAGGCAUAUAAAGUAUAAAGCAUUAUAAUUGAGUGUUAUUCAACACAUUUAUAUUAUGUAAAGUAUAUUUUCCUACACAAUUUUGGAACACAUUAAAUAAAUUAGCCUUGUUAUUUAUGGAAACUAAUGCUUCAGAAUAAAUGAUUUUGAAUAAUACAAGCAUUUUUAGGAACGAAUUAGUCGUGCUAAGUGAGAGAUAGGUGUACAUUUGAAUUUCAUUCUUUUCUAAGAGACAUUUUGGGUAAUUUAGUAUAUUUAUAAAAAUGUAUUCUCCUCGGAAUCAGUGAAUCGGCGUAUUGGCAUAUCUGUAAAAUUUUGUGAAUCAGUACAGCUCUAGUACACAGGCCGGGAUAGGGACUUACAGAGACUUCCUUUAAUGUCAUAUCUCACCUGUAUACAACAUAUUUGUGUGUUGCGCUAUUUACCUAUCUAUAAUAAAACACUCACUACGCAUCAUAUACUGAUGAAUGCUAACUAGUUUAGUUAUUUCACACAGAUUUUUUGAAGCGCUUCUUAGAUAUGUCUUUCAAACAUGUUUACUUAUUACAGAAGCCCAUUUUAGACUUAAAACAGUUUAAAAGUGAUUUAUAUUCAAAAUAUGACUGUAUAUUAGUGCGCUGCUGCACUUAUUUCAUGUUGCCAGAUGCAACACACACACACACACAUACAUAAACAUCAACAAAAAUGGAGAAGUUGGUAAAAUUCAUUGUUUUUUAAAUCACGAGCAUUUCUAUAAUUUAUUUUUAUAAACAAUUGAGUUUGAAAUGUUCUCUAGUUUACAACACUGUUCAUAGUUUCAUAGCACAAUACUGCAGGAAGCAUAAAAUAUAAUAAAUCAACAUCAACACACAUGGUUUAACAAAUAAAGCAAAGUUUGUGUGUGCUGAUGUUUCGGCACAUUGGGCUUUAUUUUAUUUUGUAAAAAAAAUUUAAAAAACUCUCUAAACAAAUCCCUCACAAUUGAUUCAACUUAUCAAUUUCAAUUGUAGACUAAGCUAUACUUUAAUUUCUUUACUUAUAACACGAUGGCUUCAAGAUUUGUUUUAUUCUACUUCAUAAACUACAAAAUAAUUGAAGACCUGAAGUAAAUAAUGCACUAAGUGCCAUUUUUGUAAUUUUUGAGUUAACACCGGAUUUAUGAUGUAUGUGCCAGCCCAGAUGUAGUGGGUAUUGCUCUAAGUGCCAACUCUACUCUGCUACUUCAGACAGCUGCUAACAGAAUGCGCCAGCUGUAGGUGCCAUGCAGCUCAAAGUAAAUUGUGAUCUAUGUACAUCGCGCCAAAACUCAGCUGUUGUGAUGAUUGCAUCAUCCUAUUUACGUUGUUUGUGAGGUUAUGUUUGUUCCGAUUGUUUUCUGAAGUAAGAGUUGGUGUUUAUAGUUUCGUUUUUAAAGGAAGUUAGUGAAAUGUGUGACAGUGUGAAGAAACAAAGAAAGAAGGGAGAAGGUAGAGAAUCAGAUGAAAGAAAGAAGAGAAGAAAUAGUGGGCUAGAAUAUACAACAAAGAAAAACAUCGUAGUUCCAGCGAAGACACCUCCAGCCGAAAAUGUAAGAUGUAAAUGUAAAUAUAGCUGCAAAAUGAUUUAAUUUGCUCAAAA